AUGAGCCCCGGUAUUGCACGGUGUCAAUAUUGUCAUUUCACUGUCUCGAGUUUUCGUUCUCGAUUGUGUUGUGACAGUGUCACAGUGGUGAGUGGUGAGACAGGGGUUAGUUCCAUAGAUAAAAGUUACAAAAUGGAAAUUACAAAAAUUUCUAAUGCUAUACGUUUCAAGCCUCUGUUGCCUGCUAUUGUAAAUGGAAUAUUGAUUAAACGAAGUUCCUCAAAUUCACAAUCCUAUGAUGUAGCAGUUGUUGGUGGUGGCAUAGUUGGAUCAGCAUCAGCUAGAGAAAUACUUAAAAGACAUCCUAAUCUAAAACUAGCAAUUAUUGAAAAAGAAGAUAGUUUUGCUGCCCACCAAAGUGGAAAUAACAGUGGUGUGAUUCACGCAGGUAUUUACUACAAACCAGGCUCCUUAAAAGCUAAAUUAUGUGUAAAAGGGUUAGACCUGAUGUACAAAUUUUGUGAAGAGAAAGGUAUAAAAUAUAAAAAAAGUGGCAAGUUAAUCGCUGCUACAUGUCAGCAGGAAAUACCUCGGUUAUUAGAGUUAUAUGACCGAGGUCAAAAAAAUGGUGUAAAGGAUAUAAAGUUAGUUGAUAGUAAAGGAAUACAAGAGAUUGAACCUCUCUGCAAGGGGAUAAAAGGUAUUUGGUCCCCACAUACAGGAAUUACGAAUUAUAGAGAAGUCACACAACAUCUUGUUAAGGAUAUUGUUCAGUGUGGAGGAACCAAAUAUCUGAACUUUGAAGUAAAGAAGUUUUCAGAAUCUGACAAUCCGGAUUUUCCAGUAAAUAUAUCAGAUGGAAAGAAUAACUCUAUAGCUGCAAAAUAUGUACUCACAUGUUGUGGACUACAUUCAGAUACAGUAGCUGUGUUAAGUGGUUGUUCUCCUAAUCCCAAGAUAAUACCAUUCAGAGGUGAAUAUUUGUAUUUAAAAGAAAAUAAAAGUAAUAUGUGCAAAAUCAACAUAUAUCCUGUACCGGAUCCAAGAUUUCCCUUUUUAGGAGUUCAUGUGACUCCUACAGUGGAUGGACGCAUCAUUUUAGGGCCCAAUGCAGUAUUAGCAUUAAGUAGAGAAGGAUAUAGAUGGACUGAUGUAAAUGUAUCAGAAUUAAUGGGAAUAUUAAAUUAUUCUGGUUUUCGGCAAUUAGCAAUGAAAUAUACAGCUUUUGGGUUAAAAGAGAUAGCUAAAUCACUCAUCACACCUCUUCAAAUCAAUGGUAUACAGAGAUUUAUUAAAGGAAUUCAUUAUAAAGAUAUUGAGAUAGGACCAUCUGGUGUAAGGGCACAAGCAAUGGCUGAAGAUGGAACUCUCAUAGAAGACUUUGUAUUUGAUUCUCAACCUGGAUCUGGUACAGUAGGAAGCAGAGUGCUCCAUUGCAGAAAUGCACCAUCCCCGGGGGCAACUUCGUCCCUAGCCAUAGCUAUGAUGAUAGCGGAUAAGAUGGAAAGUCAAUUUAAGUUAUAA